CCUUGUCUCACCAUGCUUCCAGUUUCACUUUCCAUCCAUGAUGUCUCCCAGCGCUUUCGGGAAGUUCAAAUGCCGUCUCAGACGGCAUUUGAAACCUAGCAAGAUAGGUAGUGCUGGGGCUGAAAAGCUACAUGAUCCACCAACACUGACCACGCCGCCGUCACCAGCACUGCCAGCUUCCGCCAAUCCCGUGGAGGGGCCCCAUAUAAGACCUAAUGAUGAAAGGCCUAAUGAGACACCCUUCCCUCCGAACCUCUGGCAAGCUGCUUUCAGUCAGCUUAAGGAAGACAAGCAACUCCUUCUGAGGACUGGGCUUACAAAUGAGAGUGCUCAUUGUGACAGGGACACGACAUCUCCGAAAAUUGAAAUUGCUCUUCACAGUGUCAUUGAGACCGUACAAGAGCAAUACGAGACUCGAAGUCUGAAAAACGAUAACAGGCUUUACAAAACGGCAAAACAAAUCCUCGACGCUGCGUUGAGCCUUCGACAAAGUAUCAGUGCUGUCGUAGCUUGUGACCCUACUGGCCAUGCGUCCACUGCCUGGUCAAUCGUGUCUCUUGGUUUGAUGAUGACUCAGAAUUACUGCGACCAGCAAGAUCAGUGGUUUGAAUCCUCAGCCUUUCUUGCUGACACCAUUGCUCGCACCACUCUCUACGAAAUACAUUACCUCAAUAAAAAUCCCAAUACGAAAGACGCCAUCGAAAUCGCCCUUCGUCAUGUAUACAUGGCUGUCCUUGAUUACUCGGCUGAGGUCAUCAGAAUCGGCCGAUCUCGUGCGGGGAAGAGAAUCCUGAAGAGUGUUAUUGCGCUGAACCAACUGCCUUUGGCGGAAAUCAAAAAUGCAAUUCAAAAAGAGGAGCUCCAUCUUGAAAGCUUAGCCAGAAUGCAAGAAUGGUUUUGCUUGGACGCCAAGGCAGACAAGAUAUUAGCUCGGGGAGAGCAAGUGCUGAGAAAGGUUCAAAAUGUGGACAAUGAGCUUGUGUUGGCGAAACUACCCAUUGCGGAAAGAGCUGCAUUCAAUUCGCAUGCGAACGAGCCUCAGGACUAUUGUCUUGAAAACACGAGGACUGAGCUUCUUGAAACGAUUGAAGACUGGGUGAAUGAUUCCCCAGCUAAACCAGUUUUCUGGUUACAAGGCAUGGCUGGAACUGGAAAAUCAACCAUUUCGCGGACGGUUGCGAGAGACUUGAAGCAGAGGGGGCUACUGGGAGCCAGCUUCUUCUUCAACCGAAGUGAGCGAGAUCGUGCCACGUCAGACAAUCUUCUUACCACAAUAGCGAAGCAAUUGAUUGAUAUACUGCCUCAAUUCCAGGAUGGCGUCAUGAAGGCCAUUAGACAAGACAGCACCCUUGUCAAAAGUUCACUCGGAGACCAAUUUGACCGGAUUCUGAAGGAACCCUUAUCCACCAUCAGAACGAGCAGGGGUCAAAGGCUCUUACUCGUGAUUAUUAUUGAUGCUUUGGAUGAAUGUCAGGAUGAUAUUAACAUCAAAACCAUUAUAAAGCGCCUCCCAGAACUUCAGCACACUGAUUCUGCCGUGGAAUUACGGUUCUUUGUGACGAGCAGACCAGAGUCCAGCAUCCUCUCUGGAUUCAAUGAAGUACAGGGCAAACACAAAGCUGCUAUUCUUCACGAAAUAUCUCAAUCAACUGUUGAACACGAUAUUGGGGUUUUCUUUCAAGUCAAGCUUCCAAAUAUUAGAAGGGAAAGGGGGCUUGAUAAAAGAUGGCCUGGAGAGAAGAAUAUCCAAAGACUUGUACAAAUGACAGUUCCUCUUUUUAUCUACGCAGCUACCAUCUACCGUGUUUUUGAAGAUCCGAACUGGGACCCCCAAGCCAGCUUGGAAGGAUUUUUGAUUCAUCAAGACCAGCAAGCAUCGCAAUUAUCAGGGACAUACUUACCUAUUUUGGAAAGACUUCUCGUUCACCAGAAGGGGAGGCAAGUUCGCCAGCUGGUGAACGAAUUUCAAACCAUUGUGGGGGCCGUCAUUAUCCUCCAGAAUCCCCUCCCAAUCAUGCCUCUAGCAGAGCUGCUCGAUACCCGCGAGGCUACCAUUCAGACUAGACUAAACACCCUUCAAUCUGUCAUUCGAUUACCCAAAGAAAUGGGAGAACCAGUGAGGCUCUUUCAUCAAUCAUUUCGGGACUUUCUUCUUAAUAAUGAACCGGAUGAACAAACUCAAUUCUCAAUUAAUGAAGCCGCAAUGAACAAGACAAUAGGACUUCAUUGCAUUCGUGUUAUGGAAAGAGAAAAUGGUGGUCUAAAAAGAAACAUCUGCAGUCUAUCAAGCUUUGGAACCCUGAGGACGGAAAUUGACCCUCUGGCAAUUCAAGGUAAUCUGCCAACAGAGCUUCAAUAUGCUUGCCAAUAUUGGGCCAGUCAUCUGCAGCAAGGGCAUGUGAAACUUGAGGACCAAGAUCAGAUACACCAAUUCCUCAAAAAGCACUUCCUUCACUGGCUGGAAGCAAUGGGUCUCAUGGGGGUUAUAACCGAGGCUGUCGGCAUGGUAAAUACUUUACUGUCAAUUGUACGGGAAGAUGUGGGCUCUAAAUUCUCAAGGUUCCUGUACGAUGCAAAACGAUUCAUUCUUGAGAACAGUCAAAUGAUUGAUAUUGCUCCGCUACAACUGUACUGUGCAGGAUUGACUUUUUCACCGAUGAAAAGCCGUAUAAGACAGAAUUUCGAUGCGGAACGAUCAAAGAGGAUACGCAUAUUACCACAAGUAGAACAUUUGUGGAGCGCAAAACUGCAGACACUUGAGGGUCAUUCCAGUUCGGUUUUUUCUGUCGCCUUCUCCCCGGACGGUCAAACUGUGGCGUCCGGCUCAGAAGACAAGACCGUCAAACUCUGGGAUGCCAUAACGGGUAAAGAGCGGCAGACCCUGCAGGGCCAUUCCUCUUGGGUUCGGUCUGUAGCCUUCUCCCCGGACAGUCAAACCGUGGCGUCCGGCUCAGAAGACAAGACUGUCAAACUCUGGGAUGCCACAACGGGUAAAGAGCGGCAGACCCUGCAGGGCCAUUCCUCUUGGGUUCAGUCUGUAACCUUCUCCCCAGACGGUCAAACCGUGGCGUCCGGCUCAGAAGACAAGACUGUCAAACUUUGGGAUGCCACAACGGGUAAAGAGCGGCAGACCCUCUGGGGCCAUUCCUCUUCAGUUCGGUCUGUAGCCUUCUCCCCAGACGGUCAAACCGUGGCGUCCGGCUCAGAGGACAAGAUUGUCAAACUCUGGGAUGCCAUGACGGGCAAAGAGCGGGAGACCCUCCAGGGUCAUUCUGGUUGGGUUCGGUCUGUAGCCUUCUCCCCGGACAGUCAAACCGUGGCGUCCGGCUCAGAAGACAAGACUGUCAAACUCUGGGAUGCCAUAACGGGUAAAGAGCGGCAGACCCUCCGGGGCCAUUCCUCUUCAGUUCGGUCUAUAGCCUUCUCCCCGGACGGUCAAACCGUGGCGUCCGGCUCAAAUGACGACACUGUCAAACUCUGGGAUGCCAUGACGGGCAAAGAGUGGCAGACCCUGCAGGGCCAUUCCUCUUUGGUUUUAUCUGUAGCCUUCUCCCCGGACGGUCAAACUGUGGCGUCCGGCUCAGAAGACAAGACUGUCAAACUUUGGGAUGCCAUGACGAGCAAAGAACGGGAGACCCUCCAGGGCCAUUCCUCUCGGGUUUCAUCUGUAGCCUUCUCCCCAGACGGUCAAACCGUGGCAUCCGGCUCAGAAGACAAGACUGUCAAGCUCUGGGAUGCCACGACGGGUAAAGAGUGGCAGACCCUCCAGGGCCAUUCUGGUUGGGUUUUUUCUGUCGCCUUCUCCCCGGACGGUCAGACCGUGGCGUCCAGCUCAGAUGACGACACUGUCAAACUCUGGGAUGCCACAACGGGUAAAGAGUGGCAGACCCUCCAGGGCCAUUCUGGUUGGGUUUUUUCUGUCGCCUUCUCCCCGGACAGUCAAACCGUGGCGUCCGGCUCAAUUGACAACACUGUCAAACUCUGGGAUGCCACGACGGGCAAAGAACGACAGACGCUCCAGGGCCAUUCCUCUUGGGUUCGGUCUGUAGCCUUCUCCCCGGACGGUCAGACCGUGGCGUCCGGCUCAGAAGACAAGACUGUCAAACUCUGGGAUGCCACAACGGGUAAAGAGCGGCAGACCCUGCAGGGCCAUUCCGAUCAGAUUCAGUCGAACAAUUGGGAUUUGUUCGGAGCCGUCUCUCACGCAGCUUUAGAUCAGCCCAACCCUCAGUUAUCUUUGAUGUAUGAAUGGGUAGUCUUUGGAGAGGAAAGGCUUCUAUGGCUACCGUCUGAAUAUCGUUCCUCCUCUUGUUCAACUACUAAAGGUGGUCUCCUUGCGCUUGGCUACGGUGAUGGAAGGGUUGUCAUCGUAGGUUUCUAUACACCUGUGGAGUAGCAUUUUCCGUCUAAUCUCUACAAAAAAAGGAGGACCUGGGGUCGACGAGUCUUAUAUAGAGGUCUCUUCAUCAUGAAUCUGCCAGCAUGUUCUACUUGGUUCACGCAUGAUGUGGCAACUCGGCACUAGACCACUAUCGUGUCCGGCAUUGUACCCAUGCAGCAAUCAACCCACGUAUCUUGAUCACCAACGCUUGCUUCCCAGAUGGCGGUAAAUGAAGAGGUGAAAAAUAGUGCGAUGUUGGCAGAUUGCCGGAGCUUCCAGGCAGAUGAUUUAUGAGUCAUUAGUCUUGGCUGAGUCCUGAAGUUCAUGCCACAAAUAUCUGUAUUGUAGAUAAUAUAGGUAACAUUCCGAACGAGACGUGGUAUAGAUUUUCCGGGUCAAUAUUAUUCCUGUCUAACUAGCCGUUUCUUGGCGCGGUCUAGAAACAAACG